UUGCCUUUUAAAAUUGAUUUUUUUCUUCUUUUUUUUAUUGCGCGUCUUGUGUGCUUUCUUUCAGCUUUUUAUUUUUUUUGCCUUUUUAUUUGCUUGUCUCGAAUUUUUAUCGUCUUUUUUAUUUACCUCUUAAAAAUUAUUUUAAAAUUGAGAUGAUUAAUUAAAUUAAUUGGCUUUUUGAAGGGAAAGCUUUUGAGAAUUUUAUUUUUUAUUUGAGCGAAUUUUUAAUGUUUUUGCUAAGAUCAAUACUAGGAUAGAGCACAACCGCUUAUUAAUUAAUCGGUACCCAUGGUUUUCGGUUCGGUUAACCGAUUGUGUCCUAACUUACUUAAUACUAACUCUUAAAAUAUUUUUUUUUGAAAUUUUUUUUUUAAUUUUUAAAAAUUGACCUCUCAGUUUAUUUACCUUUUUUCAUUAAAUUAUUUAUUUUUCCUUGAUUUUGGCCCAAAUUUAACUGAAUUUUUGUGUUUUCAAUCCAAUUUUUCUAAAAGUUUUACCCAAAUUCUCUCGCGUUUUUCUACAAAUUUUUUCUAAUUUUUUAUUCUAUUUUUAACAGGAUUUUUUUGUCAGUUAGAUAGUUGUCUAGAUUUUAAAUAUAAAUUUAUUUUGUAUUUUCUUCUCGCUUUAUUGCGAUUUUGCUGAUAUGACGAAGGAUGAAGCUGGGAAAUUUGUUGAGGAAAACAACACUUUAAUGGCCAAUGGAAGGACUAAACCUUCUGCUAAAACAUCAUUAUCGACUUUUAUUUAUAAUAGACGUGAGGGAACAUUUUUGGGACGGACGGGAAAAUCUUGGGUACAAAUUGUUGUUUUCUACAUUUUUUUCUAUAUCUUUCUCGCAGCUUUUUGGAUUGCCUGUUUAGCCAUUUUUCUGCAAACUAUUGAUAAUUCUACACCUAAAUAUUAUGGAAAGGAUACUAUUAUUGGGGAUAAUCCAGGUGUUGGAUAUCAGCCUUGGUUGAAGGACCAGCCAGAAUCGACUCUAAUAAAGUUUAAUCCAAAAAAUAGUUCUAGUUAUGCAGCCUAUACCAACACAAUCAAUAAAUAUUUGGAAAAAUAUUCAAAAACAGAAAAAACUAGGAAGUGUAGUGGACAAAUGUCUAAUUCUGAAUUUAUUAAAGAAGGAAAAGCAAAUGGCAAGGCGGAGGCUUGUCGCUUUGAAUUAACCGAGUUUAACAAAGCAGGUUGUGGUAACGAUACAGAUUAUGGCUUCCAGAAGGGAACGCCUUGUAUCAUUUUAUCGUUAAAUCGUUUAAUUGGUUGGCAACCUAAAGACUAUGAAAAAGAUCAAAUUCCGGAUGAAUUGAAAGAUCGAUACGCGCCUGGACACAUUACAUUUUACUGCAAUGGAACGAGUGAAAUUGAUGAUGAACUUAUUGGUGCUGUAGAAUAUAUUCCAAAGGAAGGCAUUGAUGGACGUUAUUAUCCUUAUGCCGUUAUGGAUAAUUAUCAGCAACCAUUCGCAAUGGUAAAGUUUAAGAAUUUACCAAAAAAUCGUAUUGUAAUGGUUGAGUGUGGUGCAUAUGCUGCUAAUAUUGAACAAGAUCAGGAAAGUCGUUCUGGUAUGGUUACUUUUGAGUUAUUGCGGGAAGAAAGCUAG